AUGGCAUCUGAUGGGACCACUGGGGGAUACAGGGAGCUGGACUCAGGGAGCCCGGGGCCUAAUCCAGCGGGGCGCUUCUUAGGUGCUCAUGACUCCUUGUUCAUGAACAGCUCUGUCGGGGCCACCAGGGGAGAUCUCGAUGGAGAAGGUGAAGGUGAAGCGCUAUGUCUCGGGCAAGCGGCCGGACUACGCGCCCAUGGAGUCCUCGGACGAGGAGGACGAAGAGUUCCAGUUCAUCAAGAAGGCCAAGGAGCAGGAGCUGGAGCCCGAGGAGCAGGAGGAGGAGCCGGCCGGCGCCUCCCUGACCGGCCCCUCUGUGCCCCCGCAGGGGAGAUCUCGAUGGAGAAGGUGAAGGUGAAGCGCUAUGUCUCGGGCAAGCGGCCGGACUACGCGCCCAUGGAGUCCUCGGACGAGGAGGACGAAGAGUUCCAGUUCAUCAAGAAGGCCAAGGAGCAGGAGCUGGAGCCCGAGGAGCAGGAGGAGGAGCUGGCCAGCGACCCCCGCCUGCGCCGCCUCCAGAACCGCAUCUCGGAGGAUGUGGAGGAGAGGCUGGCAAGGCACCGCAAGAUCGUGGAACCAGAAGUGAUGGGGGAGAGCGACUCUGAAGUCGAGGGAGAAGCCUGGCAUGUGGAGCGAGAGGACACCAGUGAAGAAGAGGAGGAGGAGGUUGAUGACGAGGAAAUUGAGCGUCGCCGGAACAUGAUGCGCCAGCGUGCUCAAGAACGUAAGAAUGAAGAGCUGGAAGUGAUGGAGCUGGAAGAUGAGGGCCGCUCUGGAGAGGAGUCUGAAUCAGAGUCUGAAUAUGAGGAAUACACAGAUAGCGAGGAUGAGACGGAGCCCCGCCUCAAACCUGUCUUUAUUCGCAAGAAGGAUCGGAUCACAGUUCAGGAAAGAGAGGCAGAGGCAGUGAAGCAGAAGGAACUGGAGCAGGAAGCCAAGCGGCUGGCUGAGGAGAGGCGGAAGUACACCCUUAAGAUUGUAGAAGAAGAAGCGAAAAAGGAGCUGGAAGAGAACCGCCGUUCAUUGGCAGCUCUCGAUGCCCUGGAUACAGACGAUGAGAACGAUGAAGAAGAGUACGAAGCUUGGAAAGUGCGGGAGCUGAAGCGCAUCAAGCGGGAUCGCGAGGAGCGCGAAGCAAUGGAGAAGGAGAAAGCAGAAAUUGAGCGGAUGCGAAACCUGACUGAGGAAGAACGCCGUGCUGAGCUGCGGGCCAAUGGCAAAGUCAUCACCAACAAGGCUGUGAAGGGCAAAUACAAAUUCCUGCAGAAGUACUACCACCGGGGAGCUUUCUUCAUGGAUGAAGAUGAAGAGGUGUACAAGAGGGAUUUCAGUGCUCCAACUCUGGAAGAUCAUUUCAACAAGACAAUCUUGCCCAAAGUCAUGCAGGUAAAGAACUUUGGGCGCUCUGGACGAACCAAGUACACACACUUGGUGGACCAGGAUACAACUUCUUUUGAUUCUGCUUGGGGCCAAGAGAGUGCUCAGAACACCAAGUUCUUCAAGCAGAAGGCAGCAGGAGUGCGGGAUGUCUUUGAGAGACCCUCUGCCAAGAAGCGGAAGGUUACCUGAGUGGGAACGUGACAGAGGCCAAUAGCUGUUCCCUGCUAUUGUGCUUUGGGACUACAGAAUAUUCCCAUAGACUUGGACUCAGAUCACUCCCUCUUGUGGAGCCCUAGCCUGCCUUUUCAGCUUGCUCACUGCUGAGGAGCUGGCACUUGAUUUAGCAGGCUUUCUUGGUAAAUCCCCCAAGUUCACCUUCACAUCUUCUGUCUUUUUAUAGAGCUGCAGUUAAGGGAUGGGACGGAAGAAAACUUAUUAAACGUAUUUCUUAAUGAA